GUCCAAUUCAACUUGAGUUGAUGAAAUCUACAACCCAUAUUUCUAAAUCUAAUGAAAUCUACAACCCAUAUUUCUAAAUCUACAAGAAUAUAGGGAGUGUAGUGCUCCACGUUAAACGGGCAUGUUCACGCUCUCCCACGCGCCGCCGCGUCUCUCUUUCGCUGGAACUUUCCAGAAGAGUGGGGGCCUAGCCAAAUCUCCGUCCCGCCUCUUUCACAGCCUUUCCGUCGGAUCGCCGCCUCUCAAGGACUUGAGUGAUGAAGGGGAAGAUGGUAGAAUGCUCCCUUCUCUUGGAUACAAAUGGUGCUUGAUAAUCUCUUACGAUGGCACCCGUUUUUCAGGAUGGCAAUAUCAAACGUCAACCCCAACUGUACAAUGUUUACUGGAAGAGGCUCUAAUUCGAAUUACAAAAUUAGAACGUGAUCACCUCUGCGUUGUUGGUGCAGGCCGAACAGAUGCAGGAGUCCAUGCCUGGGGUCAGGUGGCACACUUCACCACACCUUUCAAUUAUGACUGCUUAGCCGGUGUUCACAAAGCACUAAAUGGUCUUCUCCCUCCCGAUAUCAGAAUCAGAGAGAUGAGAUCUGUCCCACCUGAAUUUCACGCGCGCUUUUCUGUUACAAGCAAGAUUUACAAUUACAGAAUUUACAACGACACCAUCAUGGAUCCAUUUCUGAGGCUCCAUGUGUACCACAGUACUUACAAACUCAAUCCUGCUGCCAUGAGGGAUGCUGCAAAGAAUUUUGUAGGGAAGCAUGACUUCUCUGCUUUUGCUAAUACUUCGCGCAAUGAUAGGAUACCAAAUCCGGUCAAGAAUAUCUUCCGCUUUGAUGUGAUUGAGACGGGACCUGUGUUGCACCUUGAAGUUGAAGGAACAGGUUUUCUAUACAGACAAGUUCGGAAUAUGGUCGCGUUGUUGCUUCAAGUCGGGAGAGAGGCCGUUCCACCUGACAUCGUCUCCAAUAUCUUGGCAUCUCGUGACAGGAAGGAGUUGGCCAAAUUUACCUUGGCAGUUCCUCCUCAUGGUUUGUGCCUUCAUGCUGUCAACUACAACGAGGAUCAACUUCAGCUUCCCUCGGGUUGCCCUGCAACGAGCCGGGGUAGGCACCAUACUAUAAGCAAAUGUAAGCUCCCAUACUAUUGAUCAACACAUUCUUGAAUUGAGGGAGUUAAUUGAUGCAUCAUGGAUUCUUGAAUAUGUGUAUAUGCAUAUUUGUGUGCUUUAUUUCUAAUUUGAUUUUAUACAAUGAUAAUGGUGUGAGAAAUUUUAUGAUUCAAUCGAGAAAUCGAUUUAUACACUACUAUUGAUCAAAA